ACAAUCUUCCCGCAAAGAAUCUUAAUCCCCAAAAAGAUUAGUUUUACAUGAGAAGAAAGAACAAGAAAACUUCAGCAUUUUGGAUAAGAAAGACAAUUUUUCUAUCUUCUUCCUUAGAAUGAUUAGCAAGCAAGGUAGGAAUGUAAGUUACUGAGAAGAGUGAUCAGAGGAGAGCCAUUCUCCAUCUCUUCCAUUACCAUUGCCAUCACCAUCACAGCCACCCCUGCCCCAGAAAAUAAUACAUUCUGCAUAUAAUUAUUGAUAUAAUUAUUAUUACAAUCUUGGUUUAUUAUAUAAACACAUCACAUUUUCCCAAAAUUUGCAGCUCCGCCACUUGUUUUGUCGCUGUGCAUUCAAGAGCAGGGCCAGACAGAGCUCAAAGUCUUCUUUUUCAGAGGAUUGGAAAAAAAAAAAAAAAAGACCUCAACAAAUAUCCCCACACCAUUAUUGUUGUUCCUUCAAGGAUGCUGAUUCCUACCACCUGCAUUCUCUUAUUGUGUUUCCUCUUGAGCUCUCGCCCCUUCUUCACCAAAGCCACCUUCAAUCUCACGCUCCCUCACCAACACCCCGACCCUGAAGCUGUUGUUCUUGAUGUACAAAGGCGCGUCAAUGUCUCUCUCUCCCGAAGACAAAUGCUCUCUCUCCAAGCAAAGGACCAAGCUUCCCCAUGCCUCACCGGCAACCCCAUCGACGACUGCUGGGCAUGCGACCCGGACUGGCAGAGCAACCGCCAAAAGCUCGCCGACUGCGGCAUCGGGUUCGGGCACAACGCCCUCGGCGGCAAAGGCGGUCAGAUCUACGUCGUCACCGACUCCUCCGACAAUGACCCCGCCAACCCUGUCCCCGGUACCCUCCGCCACGCCGUCAUUCAAGAAGAACCCCUCUGGAUAGUAUUCUCUGCGGCCAUGACCAUAAAGCUGAAGCAUGAGCUGAUCUUCAACAGCUACAAGACCGUCGACGGACGCGGCGCUAACGUUCACAUCGUGGGCAACGGCUGCAUCACACUGCAGUACGUAUCCAACGUCAUCAUCCACAACAUCCACGUGCACCACUGCAAACCGUCGGGCAACACAGACAUCCGGGUCUCCCCGACGCACGUCGGGUGGAGGGGCAGAUCCGACGGCGACGGCAUCUCCAUCUUCGGCGCCCAUCAGAUCUGGAUCGACCAUUGCUCCUUAUCUUACUGCACGGACGGCCUGAUCGACGCGAUAAUGGGGUCCACCGGGAUAACCAUCUCCAAUAAUUAUUUCUCGCAUCACGACGAGGUGAUGCUGCUGGGCCAUGAUGAUCGAUACGUGUUGGACUCGGGGAUGCAGGUCACUAUAGCGUUUAAUCACUUCGGUGACGCACUGGUGCAGCGUAUGCCUCGGUGCAGACGCGGCUACAUACACGUGGUGAACAACGAUUUCACGCAGUGGGAGAUGUACGCCAUAGGCGGUAGCGCUAAUCCUACCAUCAAUAGUCAGGGGAAUCGGUAUACUGCACCAACGGACCAGAAUGCUAAAGAGGUGACGAAGCGCGUGGACACGGACGAGGGGCAGUGGACGAACUGGAACUGGAGGACGGACGGGGACAUAAUGGUAAAUGGGGCGUUCUUCGUGCCCUCAGGAGCUGGCCUGAGCGCCCAAUACGCCAAGGCCUCGAGCGUGGAGCCCAAAGCCGCUGGCCUCAUCGAACAGCUCACCAUGCACGCCGGUGUCCUCGGUGGGCCCAGGGAGAGCGGUGAGACCGUCUCGUCGUACCCAGGGCCAGGAUCCAUCGGUGGUGGAACCAGCACGGGCACCACCUACACCGGCAGUCCAGGGACCACCGGCGGUGAUGCCGACUUUUUUGGAAUGAUAUUCAGAGGCGCCGCGGCGCCACUCACCCCAUCUUCUACAUCAACAUUCUUGUCCCUUUUAAUUAUUGUUUUAAUUUUGUACUCUACCACCAACCAUCAUGUCCUAUUAUCAUCAACAUUAUUAUUAUUGUUACCCUUUUAGAAUUUCAAACAACAAAAAAGAAAAUAUAUAUAAUUUGAUUAAACAAAAUUUCCUUAUCA